AUGCUCGCCGCGCCGCCGCCGCCGCCGCCUGAGGUGGCGGGUGAGGAUGAGAGCAGUUGCCGCGGUGUCUUCAUGGAGUUCAUGACCAAGGUUGCUCAGUUCGAGGAGCUCGCUGAUUCUGGGGAGCGAUUGCUUGGGAGAUUUCGUGAGGAGCUUGAGUAUUUUCGUAGGCAGCAGAUUCCUAAGGAAUCAGAUGUCAUGAAGCAGAUACUUAAAUCCAACUGCACUGUCAGAAUGAGGUCCUAUAUUGAAGCUGGCUGCAGGCUUCACUGCCAAAACAUCUCAAACAUAAAUCAGCUAAGCUCAUGCGAAGAUAGACUUAAAGAUCAUAUAAAGAAAGUUAAGACUUUGCUUGAAGAGCUGGAAUGUCUAGUCGAGAAUGUCUAUGGCAUCACACUAACAGCCAGUUUAAGUGCUCUGGAAGUUUCAGACAGUCAGUGCCUUGACAACAUGCUAAGUACCGAUUGCUGCUCCAUGGAGGGUGUUGCUACACAAGAGGAGGAUAAAAGUGCAGAUCAGUUGGACACGGAUGUAUCGUUCGUUACGGUGAUGGUCAUGGUUCGCAACAUGCUGAAGCUUGACUACAUGAUGCAGGAAAAGAUUGUCAGUGCAUUGUCCUUGAAAACACCUUCAUCAGAGCUCGAGGGAUACUGCCUCAUGUUGAAUUUACGGCCAUACAUUGAUGACGAUGUGAUGCGUCUUGCGUGGAAAAUGUGUCCCUGA